AUGAGACCUGGUAAAAUUACCGAGUGUAGUCAUUGGUUCACCGUUACAUUGAAGGCGUGUGCCAUGGAGAUGGAGGAACUCAAGCAGAAGAGAUUGACUAACGGCAAGGAGGCUGUGCGAGCAAUCAAAGAUGUCGCACUAGCAAAAGGAAAGUGUGCAAUCGUCAUCAACAGAGGGAGGACGUUUCGUUUAUUACAAUGUGACAGUGCAACUAUUGGUUGUGAGUGGCACGUUCGUCUAGCACGAUUUCGAUCCAGGAAUCACCAAGGAGACUGGCAUGUGACGGGAGGCAACCUCGAUCACCAAAACUGUGUUAGUUUGGCUAAGCCAUUGCGAAUCCAGUUAGUGAACAACCCUGUGGUCCGUGGUGCACUUGCAGCUAACCCAGCUACAUCAAUUAACGCUCUCGUCGCACAGCUUCGUCACCAAAAGAAGGUAACAGCGUCACAGCACGUGAUGUAUCGCGCCAAGGACUUUGUGAUGGCAGAGCUUCACGAUGGAGACUCGCUGAAUAUUCGCCUCUUGCCCAGUCUGUUGGCGGAAUUUCAGCGUCUGAAUACUGGAGUGUUGACGGAGGUUCAUGUGACGAACGCGGGCGAUUCCGACGUGCGAUUAUUUACCACAUUCCCUCAUGGUUCACCAGUGGCCCUGAUCGUGAUGGUCGGUCGCGAUGGUAAUCUUACCAACAAGAUUGUUGCUGUGGCACUAGCUCCAGUCGAAGACUAUGACAACUACCUGUGGUUCCCCAGUAAAAUUCUACACCAUGGCUUUCCACUGACUGCAUGCCCAGUCUUUAGCAAUCGCAACAGUACAUGUUUCGCUAGUACUCACAUGGAUUAUUUCUCCAUAUGGUAUAUGAGAACUGAUGAGACAGUCAGACUAACCGUGACUCAAGAGCAAUUUGUGUUGGAGGCGAACACAGCUGUGUCUCAUGUCGCUUUCGAAAAGCUCAAUGCUGUAAACCCCGCAGCUACAAUUUAUCUUACUGAUAUACCUGCAAGCAAGCGGACACUUCACCCCCAUGUCAACACUACACCCUUGUAUGGCUGGCGGACGACGAACUUCGUGGAAAGCGAACAAGCGAAGAGUCUUCGCCUUAAGCCACGGAAAAUGCAACCAUACGAGUUUUUCAAAUCAUAUCUGACAAUUUUCAUGGGUGAGGCGUACAACCGAUUCCGACUAGGUCAGUUGUGGGUGAAUGCGGAGCGUAAGCCGACGCCGCGUGCAGAACGUAAUUUUCAAGCUCAACUCGGAGAUACAGCGAACUACAUGGUGACAUUUAGUUCAGAUGACGUUGCAUUCACUGCCAGAAUCAGUAAUUCGAUGAAGCAGCGUCGCGUUGACUUGACAUCAUCGACGUGUUCAUGCUUAACGCAGACUCAACAUCGAAUUGCGUGUCACCAUCCAAUUGCGACUCCUCUCGAGUGCAACAUGGUAGAGUCGGCGUAUGAGUUGAUGGGUGAAUGCUACACAGUAGCAUCGUACCAAGAAAAUCUCGGGACACUAGAGAUCCCUGAGGACGAUUUGUUUACAGCUGACCUUAGUAUCUCCCCAGAUACUAAGGUCAGCUGUAAACAGGUCGUCCAAGGAAACGACGCAUCAGAUCCCAUGACAAAUGGAAAGGUUGGUGGUAGUGCAAAUCUCCAGAGACAAUUUUGUUAUAAUUGA